AUGUCUCCGGCAACGCGGAAUUUUGGUUUCUUUCACCACUUCUCCUUCCUCGUCUUCUCUCUGUUCACCGUCGUUUCAUCAGACGAUCUCCAAGUCCUACUCAAGCUCAAAUCAUCACUCUUGAUUUCAAAUCCCGGCGUCUUAAAUUCAUGGAAGCUGAACUCCGGUGCUGGUCCGUGUAGCUUCACCGGAAUAACCUGCGAUUCCAGAGGCAACAGCUCUGUUACAGAGAUUGAUCUCUCCCGCCGAGGUUUAUCUGGAGAAUUCCCGUUCAAUUCGGUUUGCGAGCUCCAGACUCUCGAGAAGCUCUCUCUCGGAUUCAAUUCGCUAUCGGGAAUCAUUCCCGGUGAUCUGAGAAACUGCAGCUCAAGUAUUUGGAUCUCGGGAACAAUCUCUUCUCCGAAUCUUACCUACUUGGACGCUUCCGCGAAUCUUCUAAACGGCGAUUUAUCGGAGCUCAGGUCUCUCACCAAUCUCGUCUCUCUACAACUCUUCGAAAACGAAUUCGCCGGUGAGAUUCCGCCGGAGUUCGGCGAGUUCAAGGAUCUCGUCAAUCUCUCUCUCUACACAAACAAACUAACCGGUCCUCUGCCUCAAGGACUCGGUUCUCUCGCCGAUUUUGAUUUCAUCGACGCAUCUGAGAAUCUCCUAACCGGACCGAUCCCUCCGGAUAUGUGCAAAACCGGGAAGAUGAAAGCUCUCCUCCUCCUCCAAAACAAUCUCACCGGCUCAAUCCCGGAAUCGUACGCCAGCUGUUUAACUCUUGAACGGUUCAGAGUCAGCGACAACUCCCUCAACGGAACAGUCCCCGCCGGACUCUGGGGCUUACCAAAGCUCGAGAUCAUCGACUUAAACGAACAACUUCCACGGUUCGGUCACCGCCGAUAUAAAAAACGCGAAAUCUCUCGGAACGUUGUAUCUAGGGUUCAACAAGUUUUCCGACGAGCUGCCGGAGGAGAUCGGCGACGCCAUAUCUCUGACUAA